CUUAGUGUGGCUAUUCUUUAAUUUAUGGACAGUUCACACAUUGGAACUGCUUACCUCUUCCUAAAAGGAGAUGGGUGAGAGUGACUCUUGAGUACUCUGGCACCUUACCUACCAUAACCUUUCCAGUAAAUGUGUAUUGCAUUAAAUUGAGAGCUUAGAGUAAGAAAUAGUUCCUGAACCAUCAGGAUCAGUUAGUUCUAAGUCAGGGACUAUGGCCUCUCUGUGAUUAUCCUUCCUUGAUCUUUAAUUAAGGUUUACAUGAGGACAAUGUGGUAAAUUUUAACUAAGGUAACAAGCUUUAAUAGGGAUUAAUAGUAAGUACCAAGUAUUUUUGAAAAUUCUGGAACAUAGUUAAUAUUUAUGAUAUUGCAUGUGGAAAAUAAUUAACUUAUAAAUGCGUCUUUGGAACUUAACGUAAUAGUAAUUUGAGACUACCUGUGGAGAAAAUAGAAUCGAGUCAUGUUUUUUCUUAACGGAUUUUUAUUUACGAAAAGAGAAAAGAUUUAUGAUUCUGUAGUUCUUCUGGAUAGCUGACAUAAGUAUAACUUUUGGAAAAUAAAAAUCAGUGUAGAUUUGAUGGCCAAGAAACAAAAGGAUCCAAGUUCAUUACCUCCAGUGCGAGUGACUUCAGUGACCCAGUUUACAAAGAGAUUGCCAUUACCAAUGGUUGUAUUAAUAGAAUGAGUAAGGAAGAACUCAGAGCUAAGCUUUCAGAAUUCAAGCUUGAAACCAGAGGAGUAAAGGAUGUACUAAAGAAGAGACUGAAAAACUAUUAUAAGAAGCAGAAGCUGAUGUUGAAAGAGAGCAGUUGUGCUGACAGUUACUAUGACUACAUUUGUAUUAUUGACUUUGAAGCCACUUGUGAAGAAGGAAACCCACCUGAGUUUGUACAUGAAAUAAUUGAAUUUCCGGUUGUUUUACUGAAUACGCAUACUUUAGAAAUAGAAGACACAUUUCAGCAGUAUGUAAGACCAGAGAUUAACACACGGCUGUCUGAUUUCUGCAUCAGCCUCACUGGAAUUACUCAGGAUCAGGUAGACAGAGCUGAUACCUUCCCUCAGGUACUAAAAAAAGUAAUUGACUGGAUGAAAUUGAAGGAAUUAGGAACAAAGUAUAAAUAUUCAAUUUUAACAGAUGGUUCUUGGGAUAUGAGUAAAUUCUUGAACAUUCAGUGCCAAAUCAGCAGGAUCAAAUAUCCUUCUUUUGCUAAAAAGUGGAUCAAUAUUCGGAAGUCAUAUGGAAACUUUUACAAGGUUCCUAGAAGCCAAACCAAACUGGCAAUAAUGCUUGAAAAAUUAGGAAUGGAUUAUGAUGGGCGGCCUCACUGUGGUCUUGAUGACUCUAAGAACAUCGCCCGAAUAGCAGUUCGAAUGCUUCAGGAUGGAUGUGAACUCCGAAUCAAUGAGAAAAUACAUGCAGGGCAGCUAAUGAGUGUGUCCUCCUCCUCACCAAUAGAGGGCACUCCACCUCCACAAAUGCCGCAUUUUAGAAAGUAACAACAGUUUUGUCCGUGGGUCAUUCCAAUUGAAGUUGCUAUGAAGAGGCAGCAGAUGAAUACUCAUUGAAUUAGUCCUGUAGUGCAAACUUUAAGCACCUUAAAACAUUUAAAAUCUUAUUACAGGCGAUAGAGAUAUAUGUAUGUGAACAUGUUUUGUGGGAGGGCAUACUGAAUUCUUUGUCACCAGCACUUUUGAUAUGAGCAGUAUUUGUUACCCAGUAACAGUUCCUGCUUAGAACUGAAUUUUAUAAUUUAAGGUAUUCAAGAUGUAUUCUCUUUGGUUUUAAAAUACAAAAUCUUAUUGGCCGUUCUUUUGAAUGUCAUCUUACUGGUGUUAAAAUAUGGAAUAUAUUUCUUUAUUACCAUCACUAGAUGAAAUCAUAAAAUGCAGAAAUGAUUGGAAGGUAGGUCUUAUCUAGCCUUUGGAUUUCAAAAAUAUCAUAGUCCUUUUAAUUUUCAAAGUUUAUAUGAAAAGCUCACCAUGUAUGCCAUGAAUUUCCUAAGAUACUUGGCAUACGUAUCUGCCUGUGUUUCUUUUCAACUCAUAAUUGGAAGAAUCGUGAUAGAUUAUAGGGUCUGGUUAAAAAUUCAAUUACUAAAGAAAUUGAUGAAAAUUCAGAAGAAAACACUAAAAGGAAUAUCAUAAAGGCUGUAGCUCAAACUUCAUAAUGCAUAAAUAAAUCACUGGGGUCUUUUUCAAUUUGGUUGUUUGGUUCUCCAUCCUUUUUUGACUUAUAUAUGCCUUAAUUCUUAAAUCUGAGGGACCAUGUUUUGAAAUAGACUGAAAAUUAAGGGUCACCACCUAAUUUUGCAUUUGUAUUCAGUAUUGUAAAUGAGAUUAAUAAAAUAUACUUUCUACCAUA